UUCAUGCUGCGAUAACAAACAACAAAAUCCUAAAACGAAGUGCAAAAGCUCGCUAUUUUUUAUCUCAUGGCCAAAACCCCCCACGUUCCAUCUCUCCCUCUCUAACCUACUAUAAAACCCGGCCUCUAAACCCUAAAAUAAACCAACAGCAAACAAACCCUUCUCAAAGCUCGCCCAUCUUUUCAUUUUCUUUCAAGUAUGGAAGCUCUCUACUUCCUCAGGUUCUGGAGACCCACCACCAACUCCCACAAAGAAAACCGGCCCUCUAGUGGAAGCAGUGAUGACACCACCGAGAUCCCAUUCACAGAUUGUGAAUUUGAGGAGGGAGAAGACUCGUUCUUUGAAUUGGAACUUACUGUGCCUGACUUUGACACCAGUAAAAGCAGCAGCAGCAGCAACACCACCAGCAUAAAAAACUACCACCCACUAGACAAGGAAAGCAACAUCUUUGACCCUAAACAAGCACCUCCCCUCAAUUUAGCCCACAAAGAGAGCAACUCCCCCCAGCAUAUAUUUCAUCCACCAACUCUUUCAACUGAUCAUCUCCUUUCGAAGAGAAAAAUCCUCCCUAUUGAACCCGUUUCAUUCAAACCUCAGUCUCCAAUCUCCCUACUCAAAUCAGCUCCGAGGUUUAAGAUCCUCAUGUUCAAGAAAUCAAAGUCAAUGGCAUCGCAGAAAACAGAGAAAACAGGGGCGACAGAGUACUUGAAAGCAAAUAACAAGAAGCAUGAAAGCAACAAGCUUUUCACUGUCAAGUUCAAGCUUGAAGAGGUCACAAAUAUUUCUUUCUUCACCAAACAGAACAGCUUGAGAAAGCAGAUCUCUCAUGAAUCCGAUGACAAUGAUACAUCAAAGCGAUUUUCAAAGGAAAUGAUACAGAAGUACUUGAAGCUAAUCAAACCAUUAUACAUCAAGGUUUCCAAGAAGCAUAGUGACAAGAUGAAAUUCUCCAGUGAGUUGUCAGUCGGGUCUCCGUCAUCUUCUCCGGCAACAGUGCCGGCGAAGGAGAAACAGGGGAGUUUUCCGUCAGGGAUUAGAGUGGUUUCUAGGCAUCUUGGAAAAAGCAAAUCAGCUUCAGCGACCACAGGAGUUUCUCCUCCAGUUGUGAGUAGGAGAGAUGAUUCUCUGCUGCUACAACAUGAUGGGAUUCAAAGUGCCAUCCUGCAUUGCAAGAAAUCUUUCAAUUCUUCAAGAGAUUCUUCUUCAAUGUCAAGAUUCGUAAGUGACCCUUCGCACGAGAAAUCAAUGUCUUCACCAAGGAUUUCAUCUAGUGAAUAGAAUGGAAUGAAUUAAGCUCUGUUUCUUGAAAUUCAAGAGAGCACAAGCGGGAAAUAUACAAAGAAAAGAAAUUUUAUAGGGUUUUUUUCAUGUUUUAUCAUGUAAAGGAAAAGAAACGGAAAGAAUUAGAGAGAGCUGGUAGCUUUUGUUAAUAGGGUUUAUUCCAGCUGCUGUUGCUGUUGCCUGUAAAGUAAUGGUUCAUCAUGGGAAAACUUGAAAGAAAGUCUGAAACUGGAUCUUAUGUUGUAUCUAA